AUGGACGAUAGGAGGCUAAGAUCAAUUAUUUCUAAUUGCAAAAGCGAUUAUAUCAAACCGCUUUUGACGCAAUGGGGACGUCAGAUUCAAUGCCAAAAUAUUAUGUCGGUUAACUUUUCGGAUCCAAAGAAAACGAUUGCCCAAACACUGUUGUCACUAUGUCGAUCGAGGAAACAUUUCAAGACUGAAAUUGAUGAAUUGGACCUCAUGUGUACACAGAUGUAUCCAAAGAAGCAAUUAUGGAAAGUUUUCCAUCUUGAAGACAAAAAAGAUAACAUUGGCAAUAUGUGGUUGGAUCUAUGCAAUCCUCAGAAAUUUAAAAAGAAGUUUAAAAGCCAGGCAGAAUUAUAUUUUGAUAAUGUGGUAUCAGUAUGUGUAGGGGUCAAUAAGGGAGCUCUGUGGACAAGACUCUCGGCUACUAUCAGUGGACGUAGACAACAGGAAUAUAGACCAAGCAACAUUGUGUACAUGGUGUACUUUCCCAAGACACAAUAUAUCAUCGUAAGCCGUUACAAACUGUCUGCAGAAGAGUUCCUAAAACAGACUAUUUUGACAACUCUGGGAUCAACUGGAAUGACCAAUAUGCAGCUAACUGGCCGUGACCUUUACUCUCUCAUACAUUUGGCCUUGAACAGAAAAUGUCAGGGACCCUUCAGCAAGUUCAGUUCUUCACAAGAACAGCGACCACCAUUUGCAGGAUUUCAACCAAAAAAAAGAAAAGUCAUUGAGAUUGAGCAUAAUCAGAAUAUUAUCUGCGAAGAUGAAGAAACGAUGAAAAAGCGAGCAAAACUUUUGGAGAAAAGCUUUGGCCUCGAGGAACAACCCUGUUUAGAGAAAGUGGAAUAUAAGGUGAAGACAAAAUUCCGUGGCACAGACUAUGUACCUAGUAUGGCAAAUAGACAAGAUGCAUUCAAAUGUACAGUCAAGUUUGAAGGCACCAGUGUUCUAGAGGGGAUCAGGAACUUAGGGGCUACAGGACUAGCUACUGUCCCCCUCCCAGGGCACCUGGCUGGUGUUCACUCCCUUGCUAAAAACCACUUUGUGAUACAGGACCAAGAAAUGACUCCAAGGAAACGCAGAAAGUAAAAAAAAAUAUUACUUUCGAUAAAAACAGUUGUUUCUUUUGGAUUUGUGGACUUCUUCACAGAACCUGUCUAUAUGGUGCCCUGGAUUGUUUGCUAUGUGGCUGAACUUGUCUGUAUGGUACAGUAGGCUGUUUGCUACCCAGCUGAAUUUCUCUAUAGUGCAGUGGACUGUUUACUUCACAACUGAACCUUUUAAUUCACUGGAGUUUACUGUUUGCUACCUGGUCAAACCUAUCUCUGGCACAGUGGGUAGGACAUAACCCUGACCAAAGUUCUCAAGAGACAUGUGAAGUGAAAACACGAUGCAACAUAACCUGUUUAUCUUAAUGUGUGGAUCAUUUGAUAGCUAGAUAUGUGUCAUAGAAACAUUAAGUUGGGGCAAAGUCAGAACAUCCAACUACU